UCCAUUUUCAUUGAAUUCCCAUGGGACAGGAGAAAGGAAAACUAUGCGAUGAAUAUGAAAUCCAGGACAUCCUAGGAAGAGGAGGAUUCUCAGUUGUGAGGAGAGGCAUAAAGAUCAAAACAGAUGGGCAGAAAAGUAGUCAACAGGUAGCCAUCAAGACACUAAAAAGAUUUGGCACUUCAGCUUCAACCCCAUCAGGGAGUUUUCGAGUCAGCGCUGAGAAAAGCAUAGCUUCAAUGGGAUUACCAGCAUGGAAUCAGGUUUCCAUCUCGGAUGCCUUGUUAACCAAUGAGAUUUUGGUUAUGAGAAAGAUUGUGGAAAAUGUUUCACCCCAUCCAAACGUGAUUGAUCUCUAUGAUGUCUAUGAGGACCAAAGUGGGGUGCACUUAGUGUUAGAGCUAUGCUCAGGAGGGGAGCUGUUUGAUCGGAUUGUGGCUCAGGAAAGGUACUCGGAGGCUGGAGCUGCAGCUGUAGUUAAGCAGAUUGCUCAAGGAUUGGCAGCUCUUCACCAGGCUAACAUUGUCCACAGGGAUCUUAAGCCUGAGAAUUGCCUCUUCUUCAAUAAGAGUGAUGAUUCCACAUUGAAGAUCAUGGACUUCGGAUUAAGUUCAGUGGAAGAGUUUACUGAUCCAGUUGUUGGGUUAUUUGGUUCUAUAGAUUAUGUAUCACCAGAGGCUCUUUCUCAAGGCAAAAUCACUUUCAAGAGUGACAUGUGGUCUUUGGGAGUCAUCCUAUAUAUCUUGCUCUCUGGGUAUCCACCAUUUAUUGCUCAAUCGAAUCGCCAAAAACAGCAGAUGAUAAUGGCUGGAGAUUAUAAUUUUGAUGAGAGGACUUGGAAAAACAUUUCUUCAUCAGCAAAGCAUUUGAUUUCUAAUCUGCUGCAAGUUGAUUCUGACAGAAGACCAAGUGCUGAACAACUUCUGGCUCAUCCAUGGGUCAUUGGAGAUUCAGCCAAACAGGAACAAAUGGAUGCUGAGGUUGUGUCAAGACUGCAGAGUUUUAAUGCACGCCGCAAACUUCGAGCUGCAGCAAUAGCUAGCGUGUUGAGCAGCAAGGUUUUGCUGAGAACAAAGAAGCUAAGGACUCUGCUUGGUUCCCAUGACCUUACCAAGGAGGAAAUUGACAACCUGAAGAUAUAUUUUAAGAACAUAUGUGCUAAAGGUGACAAUGCUACCCUACCUGAAUUUGAAGAGGUGCUAAAAGCAAUGAACAUGUCCUCACUACUCCCUCUGGCUACCCGUAUCUUUGAUCUGUUUGACAGCAAUCGUGAUGGAACCGUUGACAUGAGGGAAAUAGUGUGUGGAUUUUCCAGCCUUAGAAACUCCAAAGGAGAUGAUGCUCUCCGUUUGUGCUUUGAGAUGUAUGAUACAGAUCGAUCUGGUUGCAUUACAAGGGAAGAACUAGCAUCAAUGCUUAGAGCUUUGCCAGAUGACUGUCUUCCACCGGAUAUAACAGAACCUGGAAAGUUAGACGAAAUAUUUGACCGGAUGGAUGCAAACAGUGAUGGAAAGGUUACUUUCGAUGAAUUCAAAGCUGCCAUGCAAAGAGAUAGCUCCCUCCAAGACGUUGUCCUUUCUUCUCUUCGUCAGCAAUAGGAUUCCCAUCUUUUCCAAUAUCAUCAAUUAGUUGAACAGUCCUUAAUUUCAAUCUUUCUUUGGAUAUUCAUGU